UUCUUUUUGUUCUCUCUCUACUUCCUUGCCAUGUCUCCAUGUCCAAGUCUUUGAAGUCUGGGAGACAGGGAGGAAUUAAAGAUUGAUGCAGCAAACUAAUCUUUCAUGAGUGAUGACUUCAGUUUACAAGAAUAAGUAUGUCUGAAGUUCUACUCAAGAUUGUGCAAUCAGACCCACCAUUAUGGCGCCCAACAUGGACAGCAGGCAUUAACCUUUCAAUGAAGUAGUUUCAGUAAUUCUAAGGCUGAAAUGAUCGUUAGAAACAUCUGGUGAACCUUCUUUUUAUAUGGUUACCUGAGACUCACCGAAAAAUUCAGUGUCAGUUGUUUAGUCCCAAGAAUCCAUUUUUCCCACAUUUCCAGGUGCUUCUGAUGAUAAGCUGCUUUGUGAACCAUCUUUAAUUCAUGCAUCCAGAUGCUCAGCCUACAGAAGGAGAGAGAGAAAUCUGGAACCAGAUCAGCGCCGUCCUUCAGGAUUCUGAGAGCAUCCUUGCAGACCUGCAGGCUUACAAAGGCGCAGGCCCAGAGAUCCGAGACGCAAUUCAAAAUCCCAAUGACAUUCAGCUUCAAGAAAAAGCUUGGAAUGCAGUGUGCCCUCUCGUUGUGAGGCUAAAGAGAUUUUACGAGUUUUCCAUUAGACUAGAAAAAGCUCUUCAGAGUUUAUUGGAAUCUCUGACUUGUCCACCCUACACACCAACCCAACACCUGGAAAGGGAGCAGGCCCUGGCAAAGGAGUUUGCCGAAAUUUUACAUUUUACCCUUCGAUUCGAUGAGCUGAAGAUGAGGAACCCAGCUAUUCAGAAUGACUUCAGCUACUACAGAAGAACGAUCAGUCGCAACCGCAUCAACAACAUGCACCUAGACAUUGAGAAUGAAGUCAAUAAUGAAAUGGCCAAUCGAAUGUCCCUCUUCUAUGCAGAAGCCACACCAAUGCUGAAAACCCUUAGCAAUGCCACAAUGCACUUUGUCUCAGAAAACAAAACCCUGCCAAUAGAGAACACCACAGACUGUCUCAGCACAAUGACAAGUGUCUGUAAAGUCAUGCUGGAAACUCCGGAGUACAGAAGUAGGUUUACGAGUGAAGAGACCCUGAUGUUCUGCAUGAGGGUGAUGGUGGGAGUCAUCAUCCUCUAUGACCAUGUCCACCCUGUGGGAGCUUUCUGCAAGACGUCCAAGAUCGAUAUGAAAGGCUGCAUAAAAGUUUUGAAGGAGCAGGCCCCAGACAGUGUGGAGGGGCUGCUAAAUGCCCUCAGGUUCACUACAAAGCACUUGAAUGAUGAAUCGACUUCCAAACAGAUUCGAGCAAUGCUUCAGUAGAGCUCUGCUCCAAGAAGAGGAUCUAUGUGCUGACCUCAGAAGAUGUAUAUGUUUACAUAAUUUAAUACAGAUUGAUGUUAAUACUUGUGUAUUUACAUAACCGUUUUCUUCUUGUCACUGAAAUAUAUGGACCUUAAUUUGUAUCCUGACUGACUCAACCCAGCAGAGCAUAAAUUGACUGAGAGCCUUACCUUUGAUGUCUGAAAUGAAACCCCCUUCUCCAAAGGCAAAAUUCAGAGACUUUGAUCUUUGCUACUGGAGUCCUUUAACAACACCUGUAACGAUAAAAAAUUCCUAAUUGUUUGUGGUAGUAUUUUAAUUCUAGACGUGUUAUCUCUCUGGGACGUAUAGUUUAUAGAAACACAAAAUAUUUGAUUUCCUGUGUCGGCUCAGCUACAAGAAACACAACUGUUAUCUUGACAGAGGAAGAGGGGAAUCCAAGAAAAAUGCAUGUGAAUUAAACCCAAGUGUUCUGAAUUCAGCACACCCCCUCUCUGUCCUCAGACUGGAAUCCACAUGUGCAACUUUUCUGUUUGCACGUGUUUUAUUAAUCAGCAUAUUCCUUUUCUGUUUGGAUUUAUAUCCCUCUAAUGUUCUCCUUUAAUUUCACAAGAAAAAAAAAACUCCUGUAUUUUAAUCAGUUAGUAGGAGAGCAGCAGAAAUAGAUGUGCUGUUGCCACUGGACUGAUGAAGGUGGCUGUCUUGGAACUGGGAGACAGGUCCACAGAGGUGCACUCAGGCAACAGGAGAGCCAUCUCUCUGCUUCAGCCCUCUGCCUAUAGGGAUUAGGGAAAUGGAGCUCUGGUUUUGAAGUUAUUUGUGAGUUUAGCAACUUCCAGUUACCUGCAGAGUGCUGGGUGCACAGCACCCCCUCAUAGGAGCCCUGUUCUCUGAAGACCCUACAAGAACAAAGGUCUAGGGUACUCCAUUAGCUGCCAGAAUGGUAUAGGGGAAUUUAGAGGGGAAAAAAAUCCAUGUUUUCUGUUUCGCAGGUUUUUAAAAAGUAGCUCUUCCCCAACCCUGUUGCUAGCUUGUUGGAAUGUGAAAGCUCUGGUGCACCUGAAUUUACUCCUGGCCUUACUAAUGAUUCGUAGUGUGAUCUUCGGAAACGUUUUUAAGCUUUCUGAGUCUUAACCUCCUUGUCUCUAAAAUGGGCAAUUAAAACAAUCUUCAAGAGGCCUGUAAGGUUAACGCCAAUAAAACGACUGACUCUGCCCCUCUUCCUUAGGAAGUAGUAUCCAGCAAGCAUUGCCCCACCUUGUCUUGUUGAUGAACAAUAUUAUAAAGCCUGCAGUCAUUCUGUCUGUAGAUCAGAGCUUAGUUCGAAUGGAACCAUGAAAAUCUUUGAUUCUGACCUCCUAAGGAAAAUGAAACCCAGAGGGUGUGGUCAUACUGGAUGGCUCCCAUGCGGGCCUAGAACCCAGGAUGCUUCACUCUUGACUCCAUGCUCUUCCUUUUAUACCAUAUGGCUGUGAAUACAUACUAUGGGAUGGGAUUCAACCCUUCUAAGUAAAUCCUCAGUCUGGUCUAUAUUGUUACUUGCCUGUUCCCAGUAGAAGGAGCCACCUAGACGUUUAGUGAAUGAUAAUCCUAGAAGUUGAGUCUGAGUACAUCAGAGUUUGGCAUUAUUUGCAACAUCCCAGGAAUGAGCUGUAAGACACCAUUGCUUUCUGGACUUUAGUGACCAGCUGAUCUACCCUUGGAUCCUCCAAGAAAAGGGAAAAAACACUUGUCUUAUGUUGUUUUAGCAAGGGAGUUCAGUCAAGUGGCAGGAAAGAUUCCCUGGUCUGCAUCUAAACAUCAGUCCACAGAGAAGGAAAAGGCUCUUUUACUUGGAGAUUUUCAAGUUGAAGAAGUACAGCUGCUUGGAUGGGGGGUCUGUCAUCAGAAUAGAAAUAUGCUAGAUGGUCUUCAAGAUGUUUUUGAACCUAUGGAUUCUAAACCCUAGAGGAAGCUAGAAUAUGUGAUCAUAUCAGCUGAGGAAAGUUAGGAGAUAUUCAUCUUAAGAGAUAUUCUAUUUGGCAGUCACUUGUUACACUUGAGCAACAAUUGUCUAGACUAGAAAUAUAGAACCACACAAUGUUUAUCAUCAUUGGGUCAAUUUCUCCCCCUCUAUCGGGUGAGGAGAUUAAGGCUUGAAGAAAGGAAAGGACUUGCCAACCACCACAGGGCUCAUGAGGGACUUGAACCCAUGUCGUGUGUCUCUACCACAGCUGACUCUCAGCUGGCUAAAGGAGAAAAUGUGAAGAAUUACCUGUCAAAUUAGAUUGAGCUCAGAGUAAAUAGAUGAGCACAUUGAUAACUCUAAAUUAGACUUUCUAUCAAAUGGGACCAAACAUAUGGAAGGAGCUGCUGGCCUGCCUCAAUUUAGCCAGACCACCUUGUCUCAAAGCCAAGACUCAGCAGUACAUGGAUUCUGAGAAGUCCAGGGUCUGAAUUGUCUCUGAUUACUGGAAGGACAGGUUAACUGAAUGUCUGUGAUCACUAACAGGUGAUGGGCUUUGUGCCCACUCCAGAGAUAUUGUGGGAGACAAAUUCUAACAGGCUGUCCUCCCGGCAUCAGGAGUCAUUGAACAAUCAUGGAUUAUUGUGUUUGGGUUUGUUUGUUUGUUUGUUUGUUUUUGCUUUUGUUUUGUUCUUUGUUUUUGGUUUUUUGUGUGUAUGUGUGUGUGCUGCAUGCACAUGCGUCCAAGACUUAUGGUGGUUUAGGGGAAAGUGCUAGCAACAGUGUCAAUGUCAUUGUUAACUAUAUUUCAUAUUUGAGGUCUCAUUGUUCUCAAACAAACAGUGUUUUCCAUGA